UUUGCGUGUUUUCUCGUCUCGUGCGGUCUGCUCCAAAGUAUAAAAGAACGCAUUAUUCAACGACCGCAAAACACUGGAAUAAGUUUAAUUACUUAGCUUACAGUUAAAAUAAAACAAGAAUAACGUGUAUUUGUGGUGUGAUAAAUAAUCGAUAAAAAGAGCAAACGCAUCAACCCAAUCCAACGGUACUCAAGGGACGCCAGCAAAGCGGGGGAAGGGGACGCUACGUGUGGCGUUUGCACUUGAUUAAAGUUUGUCACGGAAAACGGCAUCAAAUUAAAUAAAUAUAUAAAUAUAAAACGAAUAAACGACGAGCUUAACACACAAUCAAAUAUUAGUUGUAAUUAUUGUUGUUAUUGAAUUGUUGUUUUCUUACCGUGCUCGGGGACAGUUGCUCGGCGUCGCUCCCCCUUCCCCUCUUCAACAACAUCAACUCCAGUUGCUGAUAUAAUGACAAUAGUCGAUCUGAGUACAAUUAAUUGGAUACCAGCUUUAAAAGCGGUUCAAUGUCAAGAAUCUCCUUCACUAUUAAAGCGCGCCGGGACGGAAAAGCUGCGAGAAGUCUUCCAGAAGUAUGCCUCAUUGCAAAAGGAUGGCGAGCAUUAUAUGACGAGUGAGGAUUUCGUAAGAAAGUUCCUUGGCCUGUUCACGGAGGCAGCUUUUAAUGAUGAAUCGGUGCGCUUAUUGGCCGGCAUUGCAGACACGAGCAAAGAUGGUCUCAUAUCAUUCUCGGAGUUCCAGGCAUUCGAGGGUCUACUCUGCGCCCCCGAUGCUCUCUAUAGAACUGCCUUUCAGCUGUUCGAUCGCCAAGGCAAUGGCAAUGUCUCAUAUGCGGACUUCGCUGAUGUUGUACAAAAAACUGAGCUGCACUCAAAAGUACCUUUCAGCUUAGACGGUACAUUUAUAAAACGAUACUUUGGAGAGAAGAAGCAACGCCUUAUCAACUAUGCGGAAUUUACGCAAUUGCUGCAUGAUUUUCACGAGGAGCACGCAAUGGAGGCAUUCCGUAGCAAGGAUCCAGCUGGCACUGGAUUCAUAUCCCCCCUAGACUUUCAGGAUAUUAUUGUUAAGGUUAAGCGGCAUUUACUCACCCCCGAUGUCAAGGAUAACUUGGUGGCGGUCACGGAGGGUCACAGAGUGAGCUUCCCGUAUUUCAUAGCAUUUACCUCGCUGCUGAACAACAUGGAGCUCAUCAAGCAGGUCUAUCUGCAUGCCAGCAAGGGCAGUCGCACCGAGACGGUAACCAAGAAUGAGCUACUCUAUGCGGCACAGACUAUGAGCCAGAUUACGCCUCUAGAAAUUGACAUUCUAUUCCAACUGACGGGCGCCGUUAAUCAUCCAGGCCGCAUUGACUACAGCGACCUGAGCAACAUUGCACCCGAGCAUUAUACGAAACAUAUCACUCAUCGACUCGCCGAAAUCAAGGCUGUGGACAGUCCUAAUGAUCGAUCAGCCUUAAUUCAAGUGCUUGAGGCCACUUAUCGCUUCACUCUAGCUUCCUUUGCGGGCGCUACUGGCGCCACUGUGGUUUAUCCCAUUGAUCUGGUCAAGACACGCAUGCAGAAUCAACGCACUGGCUCCAUGAUUGGUGAAAUCGCCUAUAGAAAUUCCUGGGAUUGCUUCAAGAAGGUCAUUCGACAUGAGGGUGUCCUUGGUCUUUAUCGCGGUCUUCUGCCUCAGCUGAUGGGCGUGGCACCUGAGAAGGCCAUCAAGCUGACGGUCAAUGAUUUUGUACGCGACAAAUUCACCGACAAACGCAGCAACAUUCCCGUCUGGGGUGAGGUUCUUGCCGGUGGUUGUGGUGGUGCCGCCCAGGUUAUCUUCACCAAUCCCCUGGAGAUUGUCAAGAUUCGACUGCAAGUGGCUGGCGAAAUUGCUGGUGGCUCCAAGAUUAGUGCCUUAUCCGUGGUCCGCGAGUUGGGCUUCUUUGGACUGUACAAAGGCGCCAAGGCUUGUUUGCUGCGUGAUGUGAACUUCUCGGCCAUUUACUUCCCAACAUAUGCGCACGUUAAGGCCUCCCUGGCCGAUAAGGAUGGCUAUAAUAGUCCUAUAUCUCUGCUGGCAGCUGGUGCCAUUGCCGGCAUUCCUGCUGCCUCGCUGGUCACGCCAGCAGAUGUGAUCAAGACACGUCUUCAGGUCGCCGCACGCGCAGGACAAACAACAUACACGGGACUUUGGGAUGCCACCAAAAAGAUCAUGGCUGAGGAGGGUCCACGUGCAUUCUGGAAGGGCACAGCUGCCCGCGUCUGUCGUUCGUCACCUCAGUUCGGUGUCACCUUGUUCACCUAUGAGUUGUUGCAACGUCUCUUCUAUGUGGACUUUGGCGGCAAUCAACCUAAAGGAUCCCAGGGCAACAAGUCCGCCAUAGGACUGGACAGCACGCUGAGCACGGCGCAAGCUCGUCCCGAUCACAUCGGUGGCUACAAUGCCGCCGUUCCUCUCCUCGCCGGCAUUGAGUCAAAGUUUGGUCUGUAUCUGCCUCGAUUUGGACGUGGAGGUGUCGCUGUUCCCACAACAGCUGGAUCGGCAACGAGUUCAUGAUUGUAUUGGCGCCAUCGCCUGCCCUGCGUCAGUUAGGUCUAAACUUGUACAGUUGUAGCCAUAGAUACAUAUAUACAUAGAUACAUCUAGAUGAACUGUUCACAUGUAAAUAUAUCUUUUGCUAGAACACAUUUACACAAGACAAACAACAGAAAAAAAAGUGAGAGAGAGAGAGAAAAUGUGUGGAAACUAGUAAAGUAAUCAAUCGAUUCCUUAACCCCCCAUAUACAUUUAUAAAUACUUAUAGUGUAUAUACAUAUGUUUAUAGCAGAUAUUUAUGGCACACAAUUGAUGGCAACUGUUUUUACCUACACUAGAGAAUCGAGAAUGUAGUUUCAGAAAUGAAAACUUUAAGCUGUUUUUUUGUAAACAUUUUUUAACUAGAUGCAUAGUAUAAAGUUUAAACAAAUCACUGAACGUCAACUUUUGCACUCAAUGAACUAUUUAAGCGUAAAACAAUAAACCUUUUAAUGUUAAGACGAAUUUGUUCAAAAGUUAUAAAAGGAAAAUGCAAUGAAUUACCUCUUAGCUAAUAAAUUUAAAUAAAUACAAUUUAAAAAAUUUACAAAAUGGAAAA